AUUCCGUCACUUUAGAACGCACAGGAGAGGAAAAUGGCUGACUCUGAGGAACGUGAUGAUGACAGCCAUGGUGGUGACAGCGACGAUGAAAUAGCAGAGUUACGUAUCCAGGCAUUACUGAGCAAGAGGGUGAAUGAAGCAGAGGUUUCUCCUGCUCAUGAGCCAACCCAUGAAAAGCAACGAAAUGUAAACAAACCACUUCCAACAGACAGAACACGGCCCUAUAGAUCAGCUCUGGACUUUGAGAAGAAUCAGACCAGCGAUAUAAGUGCAAUUCCUGUCCUUGGAGCUGUGACAUACAACAGAGGUUUCAAGAAAGAUUUUCAAGAUACUGGCCAGGAUGGAUACCACCAUGCGAACCAGAAUUAUCACCACGUGGGUCACGAAUAUCAAACAAGCCAGGAAUAUCAUAAUGUGGGCCAGGACUAUCGCCAUGUGGGACAAGGCUAUCGUCAUACGAACCAGGACAGAAACUAUUUUCAAGUGAGGAGUUAUCAGAAUUUUGGACAGAAUCGUGGAUGGCGAGGGGGUCGUGGUUUCGAUCGUGGGCAAAGAAGAGGCGGGCGAGGAAGAGGUUAUGGUGAUAGGCUUCAACAGUCAUACAACACUGUUAAGCCUCCAACCCCUCAGCUUGUUCUCCCACAAGAUAAAUACCUGGAGAAAGCUCCUCCCGAACCAAAUAAAACCAAAGAAAAAAUGAGUGCAAGAUGGCGUCGUAUUCAAGGAUCAGAUAGUGAAAGUGAUAGUGAGGAUAGUGAAUCUGACAGUAGUGACAGCAGCAGUGAUAGCAGUGGUAGCAGCAGUGGCAGCAGCUCUGGGAGCUCUAGUGGCUCGGAUUCAGAAAGUGAAAAAAGCUCUAUAGAUAAACGGAAAGUGUCUAAAGAUACCAAAAGAGAUGUAUCACUUGGGGAUAAAAAAAUUACCACGCCAGUUACAAGUGGGACUCGGCAAAGACAACAUUCUGGUAAAGGCCUGAUAUCUAAAUCCCCUCCUGCACAAAACUCUGCUCCUCAUAAUCCCCCAUCCACUCAUAAGGCACCUGCUCCAGGUAGGAGAGUAUCAGUCAGCCCACCUCCAAAGAAGUAUGUCAAUGCUCAAGUCUCACCACGACAAGUUACAAGAAGGGGAUCAACAAGUCCACCUAAUAACAGAUCAUGGGCAUCUCCUGAUUCGAAAGCACGUAGCCCAAUGCAUCUUCAGACAUCCAGAAGCCCUCCACCUAGAUCAGGUUUGAGGAGUCCAGGCCCUCCAGUUAGCUCUAGGGGUCUGUCCACUCACUCAAGAUCAAAGAGUCCACCACCAAGAAGAUCCAGAAGCCCACUACCAUGGCCUAAAGCAAGAAGUCCCAAGCGAGCUUCAAAAAGUCCUAGAUUACGAUCCAGGAGUCCCUUUCCAAGACGAGGUUCUCGGAGUCCAAUCCCAAGACGAGGUUCUCGGAGUCCAAUCCCAAGACGAGGUUCUCGGAGUCCAGUCCCAAGACGAGGUUCUCGGAGUCCAGUCCCAAGACGAGGUUCUCGGAGUCCAAUCCCAAGGCGAAGUUCUCGGAGUCCAAUCCCAAGACGAGGUUCUCGGAGUCCAUAUGCCAGAAGAAGCUCCAGAAGCCCACCUCUUAGAAGAAACUCCCGAAGUCCACCUCUUAGAAGAAACUCCAGAAGUCCACUUCCUCGAAGAAACUCCAGAAGUCCACUUCCUAGAAGAAACUCCAGAAGUCCGCCUCCUAGAAGAAACACGAGAAGUCCUUUGCCAAGGAGAAAUUCUAGGAGUCCAUUAUUUAGAAGAGGGUCAAGGAGUCCUGUUCCAAGAAGAAAUUCUAGAAGUCCUUUGCCUAGAAGAAGCUCUAGAAGCCCUUUUCCCAGAAGAAGCUCUAGGAGUCCUAGCUCAAGGGUGCCUUUGAGAGGUUCCUCUCCUCACAGACUUUCCAGAAGUCCAGUUAGAGGAAGGUUAAAAAGUCCUCUACCAGGAAGAGGCAAAAGCCCACAGCAGAGAGCCAGAAGUAAAAGUCCAUGUCUAAGAGGCAUCUCUAGAAGUUCACUACCAAGAAGAAGCCCAUUACUACGCAGAAGUUCAAGAAGCCCACUCCCUCACAGAGGUUCAAGAAGCCCAUUACCUCGCCGAGUCACAAGAAGUCCAUUACCUCGCCGAGUCACAAGGAGUCCAUUACCUCGUAGGGGAUCGAGAAGCCCUACACUUCGUCGUGCCACAAGGAGUCCACCUCCUCCUCGUAGAGUAUCAAGAAACUCCCCACCACAUAGAACUUCUAGGAGCCCUCUACCUCGAAGAAUUUCUAGAAGUCCUCUUCCUCGAAAACAUUCUAGAACUCCUCCACUGCGGAGUCCUUUCAUGCGUAAACUCUCGAGAAGUCCUCUACUUAAAAAACAUUCCAGGAGUCCUCCACCUCGGAAGCUCUCCAGGAGUCCUCCACCUCGGAAACUCUCCAGGAGCCCUCCACCACGAAGACUUUCCAGAAGUCCUCCACCACGGAGACUUUCCAGAAGUCCUCCUCCACGUAAAUUGUCCAGAAGUCCUCCACCACAUAAACUGUCCAGAAGUCCUCCACCACGUAAAUUGUCCAGAAGUCCUCCACCGCGUAAACUUUCCAGAAGUCCUCCACCGCGUAAACUUUCAAGAAGUCCUCCACCACGUAAACUUUCCAGAAGUCCGCCACCGCGUAAACUUUCCAGAAGUCCUCCACCACGUAAACUUUCCAGAAGUCCACCACCCCGACAUAUUUCAAAGAGUCCUCAUCGACAAAGACACUCCAGGAGUCCACCUUCUCACAGAGUUUCUCAUAGUCCACUCCACCGGAGACUUUCAAGAAGUCCUCCUCUAAGGCACUUUUCAAGAAGUCCUCAACCGCGACGGCUCUCUCGAAGUCCACUUCGGAGAUUUUCAAGAAGUCCAACAUCUCGCAGACCUUCAAGAAACUCACCUUUGCGACGGUUUUCAAGGAGUCCUCUCCCACAUCGUCUUUCAAGAAGUCCUCAACAACGACAAAUUUCAAGAAGUCCACCUCCACGGAGGAUUUCAAGAAGUCCAUCUGGCCGCGUGCUUUCGAGGAGCCCAAUUCCCCGACGUCUUUCAAAAAGCCCUCAUCCUCCUGGAAGAUCAAGGAAUAUAUCACCUCACCGUGUUGCUAGGAGUCCAUCCCUAAGGCGAACUCAUAGGACUUCUCCUUCCUCUCACAGAUCCCAUAGCCCUGGCCAUAGAUUACAGAGGCUUUCCAGAAGCCCAGCUACUGAAAGGAAGUUAAGUUCACACAGCCCGCCAUUUAACAGAAGGGGUCCAGUCUUACCCUUGAGGAGCCAUAGUUCUCCUGGGGAUAGGUCACCUAGUCCUGGCAUUAGAAGAGAUUGGGGACCUAGAGCUAAGAGAUCAAGAAGUCCUGGCUCCUUUAGAAGAUCUGUUAGUCCAUUUGGUAGGAAUUCCAGAAGUUUAUCACCACAUGGCAGGUUAGGAGGCAUAACUUCAGGAAUAAUAGAGAGGUCUCCAACAGGUGGUGGAUCUCCUAGAGGUUCAUUUCACCGGCAAGGAUUUGGACGGCCUACUGACAAUGUAGUCCAUAAUGAAAGAUUUUCCCCACAAAACAAUACAGUGUUAAGUGGUGUAAGACCUCAUGAUUUCACUCCAGAAUUUGGCCAUUUUCCUAUCAACAGACCUCCCCAUGUACCUUUAAAUGGCCAUCAGCCUCAGCACUUCAUGGGAUUCAAUGAACCUGUUCCAAGAGCUCCUGAUGAACCUGUAUGGCAGCAUCCAGGAAGGCGGGAAGGAAGGGAUCAGUUUUCACCUCAUCGAUUAUUGCCUGAAACGCCAUGGCAAGGUCAUUUCCAGCAAAGAGAUCGUACAGUGCCCCCUGUUUUCUCACAUCCUGAACAUAUUUUUGCACCAGGCAGAGGGCAACCAUUUAUAGCACCUGGCCGUGGCCGCCAGGGACAAGGGAUGCUGAUACCUCAUGGCCGAGGACAGGGUUUCCACGUACCUAGACUUUUAUCACCUCAGGCUCGUCGGGGUAGAUCACCUCCAAGACAUGAACCCACUGGACGAUUUGAUCAUGAUUUGCCGCCGCCUGGACCAAAUGAACGAAGACGACCAUUAUCACCUAAAAGACAAUUGACUCGAAUUCCAGAAACUUCACGAUCGGGCUCUCCUUUCUCUGCUAGACCACAGACAUUUCCACAUGCGGGAAGAGGAGGACCCAUAUCACCUCGAGGACGGAUUCCAACUGUGCAACAGAACAGGCGAGGUCCAAGAACUCCUCCGAUGCCAUCCAAUAGAAAAAUUUCUCCCCGACCAGGGACAAGGGAUGGUCAAAAGUCAUUAAGAGGACAGCAUACCUCAUUUCAGGAGAAUAAACCACCACUACAAACACGAAGACAAGGUUCUCCACACAUUUCUACACAUGAUAGACCACCUCCAUCUCGUGGUGGUCUAAACCAGCCACCUCAAAGACGUCCUGUUCUCGGGAACAGUCCCCCAACAGGCCAUCGUAUCCAAGAUAAUGUCACACACAAACAGCGGAUGCCAUUGCUAAGAAGUCACUCUCCUUUCCAGGGUGAUAGAAGGCGAAAUGAAAAGCAGGCUGAUGAUGUUAGAGAAAGAAAUAGAGAUGAAUCAAGUGGACAAGGUCAGCACGAUAGAAAGGAUCGGCGGUUAGAAUCACCAAGGAGAACAGAUAAUAGGCAAAAAACUCCUGUCCGAAAUAGAUCUCCGGGCAGACCACACAAUGUGAGAGGAAGUGGUGCAAUGGGUCGAGGCCGAGGUAGAGGAGGAAAAAAGCUUCAUAGUCCCUCUAACCGGAUGCGAAGACACCUUGGACCUAGAUCUGAUGCUUUAUCUAGUCAGCAACGGUCAAGAAGUCCAGGAAAUCGUGAGAGGAAUGUCAGUUCUGCCAACUGGGAUAAAAGAGAGGUGAAGAGUGACACGCAGGUGGAAAAGCUGGAGUCAAAACCCUUACAUGGCCAAUUUCCAGAAAGACAGGGGCGUAAUGGAAGUCCUUGGCUUGAGCCAGUAACUCCAGAAAAACAAGGGCAUGGUGUGCGUGAUAUAUCUCUUUCUCCAACUGGUAGUGUUAAUGAAAAUCAGACUAAGAAAGUGAAACAAGAAAUAAAAACAGAUGCAGCCACUGUUAAUAGAGGGAGGGAACGUGUGGAAAAGAAAGUUAAGGAAGAAGCUCCCUCAGAAACAAUUGCACAACAGACUGUUAAAGUGGAAGGCAAGUCGACCAAACCACAAGAUAAACUAGAGGCACGGCGUAAAAAAUUUGAAACAAAUAAUCCAGUGUCUUCUCAAGAGCAUCGGAAAAUAUUGUUAAAAUCUGUCGAACCUUCAAAGGCGGUAGAGGAAGAAAAGAAAAAGAAAGAGGAAAAGCCAAAGGAAGAAGGUGAUGACAAGAAAAAGAAGAAGAAAAAGAAGAGGGCAAAGGAUGAGGAGGAGGAUGAUGAUGCAUCAGAGAAAAGCAAGUCUAGUAAGAAGAAGAAAAAGGAGAAGAAGAAGAAGAAGGAAAGCAAGAAGAAGAAGAAGAAGCACAAGAAGGUAGAGAGUGAUAGCGAAGAGGAGGAAAAGCAAUCGAUUAUUACCAAAAACUCUAAAGAAGCCAAGAAGGACAACAUAGACUCAACAGACCUAAGGCAUAUGCUAAAGCGGAAAGUGGAUCCACCAAGUACUGUUACAGGUGGUGGUGUUGGUGUUGGAAGAAGCAGAAGCAAAGUGGAUGUGAGUGAGAGAGAGGAGAAACGUAGGAGAAAAGAUAAAGAAGAACCUACAAAGUCUGUGAUGCCUAGCAAGAGUAGACAAGUGGACAACAGACGGAAGAAGCAGCACGAAGGGAAGCCUUUGCUUGUCACUGUUGGAUCUGGCGAGGAUCGUCAAGUCACCUCAGGCAAUGUCCCAGAGAACCAGAUUGAUGAUGGAAAGUCUUCACACCGCUUGUCUGUCCACCUUCGCCUUGGGCCAGCUAAGGCACCAUGGGAAGACAACAAGUCUGGCAACACACAUGCAAGUAGUAGUGGCGGCAGCAGACACAAGAGACGUGACAAAUCCAAGGGUCAGCACAGUGGGGGAACUGUCAACAGAGUGAAGCUGAGGCGAUGAUCAUUUCAGUCUGCCUGGGAUGCAGUUUCUAGGUUGGCGCGUUGCUAAGAGGCUGCUCCACAUGACCUGGGUGGCUCUCACCCCUCUUCUUCUGUACCUGGAACAUGUUCUUGCCUCAGUUCUAGAGUAUACCAGAACCAGAGCCUCAAGCAUGUGCAUGCAUGUGUGUGCGUGUGUGUGUGUGGUUCUGCCACUUGUUAUUAGGUGGAUGCAAGCUUGAAUAUUUAGAGUAUUAUUUUGUCAUGUACUGUAUAUAAUUGUGAUAAUCAUGAGUUGUUCAUGUCAUGUGAUUGAUACCAAUAGUAAUAUCUUAAGGAUAAUCAGGUGUAUAUUUUGAGUUAAUAGCCUGCAUAUAUGUAUAUUACAGAAUGGGAUUUCCUAAAGGAUUGUAGGAAAUUAAUUUUGUUUAAUAUGCUGCUUGGAUAGGUGUAAGGCAUGUAAGACCUUCACAGCAAUACUCAGUAACCAAUACAAUAUUUUAUAGCAACUCUGCUACAUUCUCUCAAAUUAUCUUGUGAGAUUUUUUACUUUAGUUUGAGCAUAUCAAAAUUAUGACAGCCUCACUGAUUAACACACACCAGUGAUUGCAUUGUGUGUGUAUUAAAUGUAAUAUGAGAGUAUUAUUUUGUCAAGUAUUAAGAAUAUCAUCUAUGAAUAAUUUGUCAAGAAAUGUUACAGGAAAGGGUUUCUUUUUGGUAGUUAUGAAAUUUUGCUUUCCCUUCUGUAAGGUGUUAAGGAGCACUACCAAAUGAUUGAACUCAUUUGCUAGAAUUUUGUACUUGUAUAUUAGUUGUAAAGUCUCCAUUUGCUUAUUUUAAAAUGCCACCUUUCCAAUGUGUGUUUUUUGACAAUCCUUUAUUUUUCUGGUCAUGUAUAUGUAUAUAUGUGUGUAUGAAAUUAUAUAUAUAUAUAUAUAUAUAUAUAUAUAUAUAUAUAUAUAUAUAUAUAUAUAUAUAUAUAUAUAUAUAUAUAUAUAUAUAUAUAUAUAUAUAUAUAAUAUUACAUACAGUUUUUUCUUGUUUUUCUUUGGUAGCAUUUGUAUGAAAGGUUGUGUAGAGUAAUGUGUGAGAACUCUUUAUCAGUGCCAUGCAAGGGAGAUGAGGACAGUAUUUACAUGUUUCCAUUUCCAUUAUAAUAAAUCAAGGCAUUACUUCAUCUAUUCAUUCCAUUUCCAUGAAUAUUGUCAUGUUAUUCAAAAUUAAAACCAAAAAAUUAAAAUCGGCAUCAUUUUUCCCUACAGAAUUUUUUAUUGGUUUCACUCUGGAGAACAGUCAUUUUUACGUUAAUUUAAAAUGUUUAUAACAAGGGCACUAUGGAUGAAAUACAAAGAAAAUUUGUGUGCUUUUAUUAUAUAAAAAAUGUUUUACAGUACUUCAAUUUGAUCUAAGAUGAUGAACCAUGAAUGGGAGGAAGAGUUAGUUGGUGCUGGUUCAGUACAGUAUUUCAUUUUCAAGCCACUUACAUCGUGUUACUGAAGGAUGUCAGAGGUCAGGACAUGUGUACGAAUAUUGACCGAGGGCUUUGUGCAAUUUAUACGUGUAUUGUGGCACUCGAUCAUAUACAGUACAGAAGGAAUUUGUGUAUUUUGCCCACUACACACACACCCACCCCAUUAAACACACAAACCCUACCACGUACACCCCAAUAUACACAGACACCACACACCUGCGCACUAAACACACAAACCCCUCUAUAUGCCCCAAAAUAAAUUAUAUAUAUAUAUAUAUAUAUAUAUAUAUAUAUAUAUAUAUAUAUAUAUAUAUAUAUACAUACACAUAUACACACACACACACUGUAUUUAUAUAAUCAAUAUUAAUCACUAAAUGACCACUGCACCAUUCAUCGUCUGAUGAUCAAUGGUGCAGUGGUCACGGUACUGUAUUAUUAUAUUAUAUAAUACUAUAUGUACAUUAUACAACACAUACUAUACACACAUUGUUCUGUACUGUGUAAUUAAUAUUUAUCAACUUCUCAGCUUGACUUUUGACACCCUUCUACAGUAUUAAUUCAUAUAAUAUAUAUAUAUAUAUAUAUAUAUAUAUAUAUAUAUAUAUAUAUAUAUAUAUAUAUAUAUAUAUAUAUAUAUAUAUAUAUAUAUAUAUAUAUAUAUAAAAUACAGUACUGUAUUAUUAAAGGUAAAAAGUUAUUUAAAUUUUUUAAAUUAGUAAAGAUACACACAAAGGAAAUCAUUUAUUUUGAGGAAAACAAAUGUUGAUAUAUAAUCUCUCAAUCAUCUCAUCAAUUUGAUGUUUAUUAUAUUUAGUUCUUAAAUUCAUCCAUGAAAUAUCAUUCUGUUAAUACAAGUUUUAGUUUCUCAUUGAAUCAUCUCGAGUCACACAUUUGAUAGCAUUGUACUUCCACAAAUAAAUCUAUUGUUUA